UAAAUUUUCACACCAAAAUAAAAAUUUUCUGACGCCCAAAUAGUGCAAAGAAGUUAGUUAAUUGACUUUAAAAAAUAAUAAUGAAUAAAUUGUCGUGCAACGUAAAGGGGUGCAAGUAUCGCCUGGUGGUCAAGCGACUACCGAGAAAUGUUGCUCUGUACAUGCUGCCGCGGGAUGCUCCGGAAAAGCUGAAAGCGGCAUGGAGAAAAGUUUGUUUGGGGCGCCUUGUUGCGUGUUCGGAACAUUUUUUGGAAGUUGAUUUUAUGAGCAGACCUGUGGCAUCCGGGUAUUUUAGUCGGGGGUAUUCGAGGCCCCUCAAGCACAACGUUGUGCCCAAAUUAACCCUUCAGAAGAAGAUUUUGAAUCCGAUCCAGGCAACGCCUAAAGUUAAUCAGAAGGAUGAAAUUGUCAUCUUGGACAGCGAUGAUGAGAGUGUUGUGGAAGCAGGAGAUCCACUUGAAUCUGCAGCACAAGAUGGGAUCAGCAACCGCCUCUCAUCAAGUCCUGUGAUUCAAGCUUCUUCCUCUACGAAGGAUCCUCAGGAUAAGAUUGAUGCUGAUGCAGUGGAAACUCAGCUGAUGGAACCACAAAUGAAUGAGAGAGAAAACUCUGCUGCUUCCACAGCUAAUGAGGAGACAACAAGCAAUAAUCUUCAGCAUCAGGAUGUUUCAAUAAGUCCAAAGCGACCACGUGGACGACCUCGUAAAUAUCCUCCUACUCCCGUGAAGUCUCCACUUAGGAUGCUUCCAAAACGACCAAUCUCGCGGCCAAUCUCACGACCAAACAUUCCAUCAACAACAACCAAAGAUCAUCAACUACCUUCAUUGCGCACAGUCUCCGGUAAAGCUUCAAAUCAACCUCCUGUGCCAGAGAAUCCCAAACCAUUCACAAAGGAAGCAAAAAACGUCUCAAAAGCAACAAAUUCAGCUUUUCUUCCCUCCUUAAAGCUGCCAAAAGGGAUGGUUUUGAAGGAAGUGAAAGGAACCACGAAGAAUGUGGAGAACAUCCCCUCAAUGCCAGCGAUGAAAAAGGACACUCAAAAGGUUAAUUUGGAUACACUGAUGAACAGAAAAGACUUAAUAGUUCAAAUAAAACAGCAAAAACGCAAGAACGACGAUGAGGAUGGAGAAAAAGAUCUGCAAGAACCACCAAAACAGCCAAGGAUGGAAAAUCUCCUAAUUACAUCCGUUAGAUCUCUCAAUCAAACCGCCAAUGAGCAAAAACUUGAAACUUCUUCAACAAUUCCUGAAAAUAAGACGCAAACCACAAAACCUGACUUCCGUUUUCGUAGAGUUAGAGUCGGGGAUAAGACCAUUGGUGUUCGAUGUUUAAAUUGCAGCGUUUUGCUUCGCAGCAUUAACUCCUCACGUCUCAAACUACACAUGAAAGUCUGCACAAGCCUGAAUGAAGCAUUUACACGGGAGAAAAUCAAAAUAACAAAUGAGGAUGAGUCUUCAAUUAAAUUGGGACCUGAAAUUCCGAAGAAACUUCCAUCAUUACGAGAGGAAAGAAGUCAAGAGCCUGUCAAGACGCUUUCACAGUCGCAGCAGAGUAAGAGGACUCAGUUGAAGCAAGUCCAGAAGAUUCAACUGAAGAAUGAUGAUGCUGCUAAAAAUGUACCUUCUGCUGCUCCUAAAAUUCCCAUUCAGAAAGCAAAGACAGUUCAAUCAACUUCCGUACCUGAGCAGAAAACUACGUUAACUACUCAAUCAGUUCCGUUAAUAAGUUCCGUACAGACUGUUAAGAAAACGUCUGUUUCUGUUGCAAAAGUAGAUAAGAUGGAAGGUAGUAGUGAAGGCAUUGCCGAGAAAAAGGAGGAGAGUUCUGAAAAAACAGGAGCUGAAGAUGAGGAUGAUGAUGAUGUGAUCGUCUUGUCGCAGAAGGUUGAUGUAAUUGAGGUUGAUGACUCCGAAUCAGAGCAUGAGGAAGAGUCAAAGGUAGCCUCAAAUGUCCCGGAAAUUGAAUGCACGUCAGUCUUCACUAAAUGUAAUCCCGAAACAUGCGAAUACAACGAAAGGAUGAAGAUUGCCGUGGAGAAGAAGAAACAACUCAUGGAGCUUAAGGAGAAAUUAUCAGAUGAGCAGGAAGUCUUUGAGAAUAAUAUCUCCAAGAUUAUCCAUCGACAUACGUACAUGAAGGACUUCCUCGUGAAUGUCCCGAAAAUCCUCACACCAUCGCAGAAGGAUAUUUUCUUCGGGUUCAAGACGAAGAUUGUGUGGGAACACAAUGAGAUAAAGAACGGCCUAAUGCUGAGGAAUCUCAGCAGGGAUUUGUAUCUGUAUCUACGGGAAGAUCUCAGGUAUCCUUUGCCAUCUCUCCUAUCGCUCGCUACGUGGGAAAAGCAAUAUCCAACCCAGGCUCAUUUGAUAUGGAAAAUGUCAGUGGAUUACCGCAAUAAACAAUCCCGGGAGGAGGAACUUGAUGAAAGCGAAGAUGUUGAAAUGAAAUUGAUUACUGGGAAUCCGCUCUAGACAAUCUCAAGGACCUUAAUGAAUCUUUUGUACCUCCAUAUUGAAACUUUUGUGAUUUUUUGAUGUGUUGAAAAAUAAA